AUGAAACGUUUGCAAUCAAAUUACCCAGUUCAGCGAACAAGCCAACGACCGUCUACGCUACCUGAGAUACCGAGAUUUUCCCAUAUAGAAAACAUAAGUUCCGUUUUAAGAGUAGAGUGGUCUCGGCAUCUGGUUAACAUGGCACAACGCUAUAUUUUGCUUACUGAUAACUCGCAAGCAAUCUUAGCUGAGGUGCGAUUACUCAAUCACUUGUUCGAUGAUAUAGAAUCGGCGCUUCAAGAAAUGCGAGACAGGCCUUUGAAAAUGGUUCGUCGUUCUUCAGCACUUAUGGCAAAAACUGGUAGUUCAUCGAAAUCUUUCCCGCACACAUUAGGCAAAACAAAGUCAGAUGGUCACGACAAACAAAUGGAUCCCAAGUUCCGCGCAACAAUUGUGGACUUCUAUCAGAAAGUCAAGCUCUCAACGAUCAUCCUCUCAAGACUGUUAAACUACGUGAAAGAACCAAAUUCUCCUCAACUUGUGCGGCAGCUCUUCGUUCUUCUGAAGGAAGCACUGAUGCUCUGUCGUGAUCCAAAGACUGGGCAAGUUGCUGUUGCGCGUGAAGCAAUCCGACCUUGGUUUCCAAGAGAAACCUUGACAUUCCUACACGAAAACUUGAGUGAUGAGCACCUCUCAAUGUUGAAAGAGCUUGGACCAGCUUGGAACACACCGAGGCAAGCUGUGAAAUAUCCGGAAUUCAAUCCCCGAUACAGCCAAAGCUAUGCAACACUAAUGAGCCCUAGUAAGGGCAAAACUCCGGCCCAAUGCUUCCUUCGUUUGAUAUGGACUCAACAGAAUAUUUACGCUCGGAUAGGAGGACGACUGUUCAAGCAAGAAGAAGAAUCCGACAAUAACAUUGUUUACGUGCCGCAGUUCAGACACAACUUCCAAGUUGUCAUAGACGACUAUGAACCCACACUAUUCCGCUUCAACGAGAAAGGAGUGCAGAUGGACCCCCAGCAUAGAUAUGUUCGAGCUGCGCCGCUGAAUACGUUUGCGCGACAACUUAUGGUUCAGAAGGCCCAUAUGGCCAAAGUAAUUGCUAAUUUCCGAGCCAAGAACGAACGCGAGCUAUCCGUAGUAGUUGGAGAGUAUUUGGAACUUUUAAAUACUUCGACAGACUGGUGUAAGGUGCGAAACUCCAGAAGCGAAAUUGGCUUUUGCCCUAAUGUGGUACUACGUGUGAUAGAACACCGGCCGUCAAGGACGUCUGUGGUUACUACUGAAUCAAAGAAGUCUUCUUCAGGUGAGACAAUCCAGUUUUAG